UGAAGAGGGUCCUGUCUUUCAAAACUGCCCCGACAAUGUCACUGCAGCGACAGAUCCACGAAGUGACAUGGCUAUUGCCACCUGGAAUACACUAGUUGCCAUUGACAACAGCGGUGCAGUGAUCACGCCAACCAGCAACAGUCGGUCAGGUGAUUCAUUUGCCAUUGGCUCAACAACAGUGUUGUACAUCGCUUUGGAUCCCAACAAUAACAUUGGGCGUUGCGAGUUUGAAGUAAUAGUCAUUGACAAUGAACUCCCUGAGUUCACUAACUGUCCAUCUGACCUGGAAGUGAUGUUGAUGGGAGGUGAGAAUUCAACACUGGCCAACUGGACAGAACCAAUUGCCAAGGACAACUCGGGCUCCGUCAACGUCUCGUUGCUGUCCCAAUUGCCGUCAGAGUUCCUGAUUGGGAGAACCCUUGUCAUCUACACGGCCACCGAUCCAUCUGCGAACACUGCCAGUUGUUCGUUCAAUGUCAUUGUCUUCUCCAGUGACAUGCUGAUGAUAGCCUGCCCAGCCGAUGUGAUCCUGUUCACUGAUCCCAGUGUGAACAGCAGCACGGCAUCGUGGCCUGCGCCUGUGUUUAACAGCAGCAUUGUGGUGGCGGUCAACUCUUCCCAUGCUAACAACAGUCGGUUUGAGGUGGGCCAUGCUGUGGUUACUUACACCAUCGCAGGCAAGGACGGAAGGAAUGCAAGUUGUGACUUCUUUGUAACUGUCAUAGAUAAUGAGAGCCCAGUUUUCAGCAGAUGUUCCUCCAACUUUGUUAGCUCUGCCUCACCGAGCAUGGCCACUGGUACUGCCUUCUGGGUGGCCCCAACAGCCUCAGACAAUGUUGGAGUGACCAAACUAACCUCCAACUACGAACCCAUGGCUGUCCUGCCCAUAGGAAUCACUGUGGUGACCUACAUAGCCAUUGACGCUGCAGGCAACAGGGCCAACUGCUCAUUCAAUGCAACUAUCCUUGAUAAUGAAGAUCCUGUGUUCACAUUUUGCCCUGUCACUUUGGAAUUCAUGGCUGACGCAUUUGGUAACGUCAUUGUGCCAACCAGUGGCAUGCCAAUCGCUACCGAUAAUGAUGGCCCACUGUCUGUGUCAACUAAUUACAACUUGGCAAUGCUCGAUGUUGGAUCCACAACCCUUGUUGCAUUCACCGCCAUGGAUGACGCUGAAAACAUGGCCACUUGCAAUGUCAAUAUCACUGUCAUUGCUAAUUCAGGAGACUCUCCCCCAGUCUUCAUAUCUUGCCCAUCCAACAUUGUGGUCAGCACCGUCAUGACACAGUCCUACGCUCUGGUGACAUGGGCUGUGCCUCAGGCCCAAGAUGACCGCAGUACACCUAUUGUCAUUGAGCAGAGUGGCUAUAUGCCAGGCAGACAGUUCGCUAUUGGAAUGUGGAUGGUGAUAUACGUAGCAACGGACUCCAUUGGGCAGACAGCAUUCUGUGAAUUCAACAUUACUGUGCUAGAUCAAGAAGAUCCGGUGAUCAUAGGGUGUCCUGCAAACAUUAAUGAGGUCACCAUGAAUAAUGCCCCCAUAGUUGUCAGUUGGACUCCGCCCACAGCCUCAGAUAAUUCAGGGGAGUUCACCUUGCAAGCCAACGAUAACCACGCCCCGGGAGAAAUGCUAAAUGUGGGGAUGUAUGACGUCAUCUACACUGCUAUAGAUCCCAGCGGAAAUGUGGCUAAUUGCGAAUUUGAAGUAAUCAUUGAGAACGAUGCCCCUCCAGAGUUCAUCUCUUGCCCCUCCAGCACUGUGGUGCCGACUGAUCCUGGUCAGCCUUACGCCACGGUCAGCUUCUCUUAUCCAAACCCCACUGAUGACCGCAGCAGCCCAAUGCUGUUUGGUAGUCACGGUCCUGGCACUCAGUUCCCAAUCGGUGACACCACUGUCACCUUCACAGCCUACGACUCGGCCAGUCAGUCUGCCCAGUGUGUCUUUGUCAUUACUGUGGAAGAUCGUGGGGACCCGGUCAUUAUAGACUGUCCAUCUGACCAAACUGUCUACGUCCUGUCCACCAGUGAUGUAGCUGCUGUCUUCUGGACGCCACCGACAGCAAACGACACCAAUAACUUUACUCUGACAUCUAACCGAAAUCCGGGUGAUGAGUUUGAAACUGGUUCAACUCAAGUCACAUAUACAGCAACAGACGUGUCUGGUAACACAGACACCUGCUCUUUCUCCGUGGUCGUGCAAGAAACACUCCCAACAUAUGAUACCACAGGCAGUGUGAAUUUGGUAAGGAUUGGCUCCAUAGCCAGCCCAUUUGCUGCCAGUGAUGUCCAAACAAGACUUCCUGCCCUCAGAGAUGAUAUGGAUAGACUUUUCAGGACCAGUUCAGUCAGCGGUGACUUUGUCGGCAUUACUGUCACCGGCAGCUCGGUUGAAACCAGUGACAAAGCUCUCAUAGAGUUUGUUAUUUACUUCGCUGGUUCCCCUGUUUGA